UGUUCAAGCCUCAACCGUAAUUAUUUAAAGCGCCUAUUCACCCCCCCCCCCUCUAGGCGACAUUCACGAUCUUUCAUGAACAGUUAACAGUAUUGAUCUUCAUGUGCAGGUAAUUGCUUGCCCAUGUGCUCUUGGUCUUGCCACACCCACUGCAGUGCUUGUAUGGAGGUGCCAUCACGAAAAGGAUGUUAGCAAUUGAGGAAAUGGCAGGAAUGGAUGUUCUCUGCUGCGACAAAAAAGGAACUCUCACUCUCAACCAUCUUACAGUCGACAAAAACCUAAUAGAGGUGGUGAGCAGUUCACGUCUGGAAGCACCAUACUGUGAUGUUGCUGCUGUGAUGUUCAGGGUAUGGAAGGUAGCAGCUGCAGCUCGUCGUGGUUCCCCUGCACCUACUGCUCAGGCAAGAAGCAGCAGCGGCGGCGGUAGCAGUUGCAGUUCGUCUAUGGUUUUUCCUGCUCAGGCAAGAAGCAGCAGUAGCGGUAGCAGCUGCACCCCUGUGGCCAUGAACUUGGCCGUGGAGAUGCAGGGACGCCUGCCCACGCUAUAGCAAGGAGGAGCGGAAGAUGGAGCCGCGGCACCUGAGCCUGGCAGCGGCGGAGAUGGAGCUCGAUGCGCUGGAGUCGCGGGCGCUAUCUUGUUGCCGGAUAUGGAGCUCGAGGUGCUCGGAGGUGGGGAGCUCGAAGUGCUAGGUGCGGGAGCUCGAGGAGCUGACGCCAGCGACGGGGUCCUAGUGCUGGGGAUGGAGCUCGAGGUUCUGGCCGGCGGGAGAUCGAGGUUCUGGCCGGCGGAUGGAGGUUCCGCGCGGUGGAUCGCGACGUCCGGAUGGAAAACUGGGUACUGGAUUGUAAUGAUUUCAAAUUUUGGAAGGGUCUUAUUGUAAAA